GAGGGAGGAAGCAGGAAGAAGAAAGGAGGGGCAGAAAAAUAUUUUUGGGGAAAUUGAGGGACAGAAUGAACUGGAGAUAGAACAGGAGAGAGAGAUAGAAGAAAAGCAUGAAGUGAUUAAGGAAGCAGAGGAAGAGUACAGGGAAAGAGAAGAGAGAGGAAAGGAAGUAAGCAUGAAGAAACAUGUAGUAGUUAAUGUUAAAGCAAAAGCACAGGAAGUCUUCAAUAGACGUAAAGAGAGAAGGUUAGAAGUGUUGAAGGGGGAACGAGAACACAUAGAAAGAGGACAACAAAUCAGGAGGGAGAAGGAGGAAAGACGGCUGGAGAUGGAAAGAAAACAGGAGAGGGCAAGACAACAAGAGGAGCAGGAUAAAAAACAAGAGAUUGAAAUUGCUAGACAGAAAGAAAUGUUCAGACUAAGAGAGGAGGAGAGGCAGAGAGAGGAAGAGAGAGAGGAGGAGAGAAAGAGAGCCAUUGAAUGCCAUUUAUCUUUAAUCAGAGAGAGAGAGAUAAUAGAGGCAAAAAGAAGAGAGGAGAUGGUGGAAGAGGAAAGAAGGGAGAUCCUUGAAAACCACAAGAGGGGCGACUUAGAGGAGGAGGAGAAGGAAGAAGACAAGGAGGACAUUCUCCCACCUGAUAAAAGUAUCCGAAGGAGAGCUGUGGGCUGGAUAAAUAAGAAGUGGGAGGAGAGGAACCUCAAGAAGAUCGAGAGAACGUAUCAGAGAGAAGCUGAGGAGGGCUAUAAGAUCGUCCACAUAGCCAUCCCUGGACACACAAGGCUAACAGCCACCAUGACACGGGCAGAGAGAGAGAGGGAGAAGAGGAAGGAGCUGCUGAAGGCUGAGAUGAGAAGGAAGAAGAUGGAGGAUUUUAAUAAGCAGUGGAGAGAGCAGUCCCUGCUUAAAAAACAAACUCAUCAGAAACUGAUGGAGGAGAGGGGGAAGAUGAAGGGACAUUACCUGGAGCAGAUGAAUCUGGAGGCUGAUGCUCAAAUCAACACCCGGUGUCUAACCACCCAACACAGCCACGAUUAUCUGGAGACAACACAGCCCACUGGAUCUGGAGAUGACCACCAGGAAAGGCCAAGGAGGCAACAGGCAUGGGCAGAGAACCAGGAGGGGAGUUCAGAGAACCAGGAGGAGUGGCCAGAGAACCAACAGGGGGUGCCAGACAGCCAGCAGCUAGAAGCUCCAGAAGAGGCUGAAACAUCAGAGCUAACCUCCAAAAACAAGAAAAGGCCAGGCAUCUGGAAGAGAAUUAAGUUGGGGUAAAGAAUGUUUAAACUUCUAUUCAUGUUUUACACUGUUAAUAUAUAUGUUGUCACUUUAAAAAGUGACAUUAUCCAAAUGUGAGGGUUUAGUGUACAUGCAACACACAUGUAAAUAUAUAGAUACUUACCUGUCUCUGAUGU